AUGAUUCCAAUCUUCCAAAUCUUUCCCAUAUUGCAGUUUUGUCUUGGUGUCAUAGGGAACUCAUCACUGUUAAUGUUAUAUAUAUACACUUUCUUCUUCAGGCCUCAUUUUACAAAGUUGAUAGAUUUGGUUUUCAUGCAUCUGACAAUAGUUAAUAUGUUCAUGAUUAUGUUCGCAUUGAUAAAAGAGAUCAUGUUUUCCUUUAGAGUACCCAAUUUUCUGGACGAUGUUGGUUGUAAGGCAGUAUUGUUUUCAUUCAGAGUCAGCCGGGGUCUGUCCAUCUGCACCACCUCUGUUCUCAGCACAUCCCAAGUCAUCACCAUCAGUUCCAGUAACUCUAAGUUGGCCUCCUGGCUUAAGCCUAGACUCUCUACAUGGAUUUUUUCUUCCUUACUUUGGUCCUGGCUUAUUAACCUACUCAUCUUCGGGUAUAUGGUUGACAUGGUAAUAGCCAAAACCAAUAAUACUCAUGUUGGUCAUGGAUAUUUGGAUGGUUACUGUCAAAACAAGCAAUUUGGGAACCACAAUUCAGGGUCAUUUUUUAGCAUUAUCAUCAUUCAUGAUCUCUUCUAUGUGGCUGUCAUGAUGUGGGCCAGUCUCUACUUGGUGAUUUUCCUCUACAGACACCGCAAGAAAUCCCAGCAUCUCCACAGUCCAAGCCUUUCCUCCCAGCCAUCUCCUGAGCACAAAGCCACUCACAGUAUCCUGUCUCUGGUGAGCUGCUUUGUGUUAAUUUAUUGGUUGAACAACUCUGUGAGCCUUUAUGGAUUUUAUGCAAAAGAAAAAAUCCCAAUAUUGGAGUCAAUUAAUGUGAUUUUAACAGCAUGCUACCCAACCAUCUGCCCAUUUUUACUUAUGAAGAAUAAUAAAGUUAUUUUGCAAUUUACUUCUUCAUUUUCUGUACUGAGAAUGACCUGUUUGAAAGUUCACUCCACAGCUGAACAGAAAUCCACACUUGUCAUUAAAACAGUGUCUUAA